AUGAUCCUGACACUCUGCGCCCUGGUCAAAACCAAUCCAGUAGAUGUACUCACGAGUGGACCCCCUACGGGAAUCGUUCUCCGUGAUGUCCAGGACUCCUUAUAACCAACUGCAGAGUACACUUGCAGAGGGUGUACGUCCGCCUAGACGCAGAGAACGUGUACCACCAUCACAUUUCCACUUCGGCACAUAUGAGUUGGGCCGGGGCUGACUGGACCACCCAGGCAGUUAAGCACGCUCAGCUAGACACUGCCCACAUGUUGGCCCAACUCCAAAAGUUCAGUCACCCAGUCAGAACUAGCAGAGCCCAGGCGAGAAAAACUAUUCAUCGGGGCGCUACUCUCAAUAGGUGCAGCCUAUUUGCUCUAGGUACCACUGCCGCCAACGCAAUCAGUCUAGCCACGGUCAAAAUAAAUGUUAUGGAGAUUACUGAAGAGAUGCCACUUAUCCAGCAACAGAUGCAAUUACAGGCACUCAGGUUGCAGCAUGUGGGAAGGUCUCUCCAGGACACUAUUCUGGUGGUAAACACACACGCUACUCUCCUGAACAAAACCCUCCAGUUGGUAGGCAAGCUAGUAGAGGUCAUGAACCAUGACUAUGCCCAUGUCCAAUUGGUUCGAUUGUUGUUGGAGGAUUUUCUCCGUGAAGUUAGCUCUUCUAUGGACCACUUGGCCAUAAAAAUAAUCCACUCAUAUCUAGUGCCCCUCUCAAUGGUGCACAACUUAUUGACCUCAGCUACCACAACCAUGAUAAAGCCAUUACAGUCACACCUGGCCUAUAGUCUGGGGUCUGCAAUUCCAAUACACGUUGAUGUUAAUCGAAAGGAAGUGGGAUUUUUACUGACGCUGCCGGUUGUUGAACUGGAGAAUAUCAAUAGGUUGAAAACAGAUCUAAACGUAGGAUUUUGGCGCGACAACACCCAUGUGAAAAUCAUCACACCUCCAGUCAUAGCUUAUCAGGAACACAAUCCAGAUUUCUCUCUCACCUCUAACCUGUUAAUGUGUACUCUAACCAAAGACGUCCACUACUUGCGUCCUAGCAAACCCUCCAUCAGGGAUAACACUGAGUGCCAAAGAACGCUGUAGAGCCAAACUAAUAGCAAGAGGUGGAGUCACCACCACACAAGUGGAAGUGGUAGGGAAUCAAUGGCUGAUUAACACCCCAUUCAUGUCCGCCACUAUGACUUACGAACACCAUGACUCAAUCACCCAACUGAACCUCCCCAAUCAGACAAUUUUUGUUAAGGUACCAGAGGGGGCGAUUAUCCACAUAGACGAUCUAGCCCUAUACCAACUUCCUGACGACAGGAUAGACACAGAAAUUGAAAUGCCUGAUGCUUACCACCAGCUAUUUAAAACCAAAUUCAGUACAAGGGACCGAGGACAGUUGAUCUUAGCGUACUGA